AAACCAUAAGCCAAACCCCUCUCUUUAACAAUAUGCAAACUCACGACGAGAUGGAUGUGUGUUCAACCGUCACGACCAAGAAGCUCUCAAGCCUCGCGAAACUAAUCCUCUUCACCAUCCAGAAGGUCUCAGACGCCUCACGUCACAAACUCCUCACAACUCUCGAUCCACACCAACUCGCGAGACAUGGCAAGACCCUACGCAAGUCUCUGAACGACGCCGUAUCAACUUCCCACUCACACAUCACGUGCCGUCCCUCCGACCACGAAGAUGUAAGAUCCUCCUUCAUCUCGCCUGUACCGUUACAGCUUGACUACGAGUUCAGCUGCAGCAGCACCCCACCGAGACGUUCCUGCGCCACAACCAUCACGGGAUGCCACGUCAGCAACGGACGACGCAGACCGGUCAUCAACAAAAGCCAAGCGUAUAUCCGGUACAAGGCGCUCCCCAAGGUCCGACACGUGGCGGCGGCCGUGUUUCCUGACGUAGCUAGUAGCGCGGGAACCAUGGAUAGCUGCCACGUGGAUGGAGCCGCGGAGGAGUUUAUACAGAGGUUUCAUAGACAGCUGAGGUUGCAGAGGUGGAUGAUGGCUCAGGAGGUUUAGAACAUUUGAUUCAUUUAGAGUCACUUUCAUUGCAAUAAAUAUAUCACAUCAGUUAAAAAUAAAUAUGUAAUAGGUAACUUUCCUAGUCUCGUUUUAACUUUCUAAGCUCUCCUUACGUCUUACGUUUUUUUUUUGUGUGUAAUCCAUUACAUUAUCGUGUUUAGGAUCUGCUUGGGUGAAACUGUUGGAAAAUCAAUCUUCGAGAUAGCU